AUGCAAUUAAUCGUAUCUUCCACAAUCCUUGCUGUUAUAGGGUUCCUCACCACCAACGUUAACUGCAAUAUCUUUGCCAGAUUUGGAGAUUAACUACAGAAAAUGAAGUUGGAAGCAGCAAAUCAAUACUGGCCUCCAGUCGUCUUGCCAAACGAUCUUGAACUUCACGGAGUACUUUACACCUACAAUAAUAAAACAAAGGUUCUAGCACCUUAUCGUGAUACUACAAUUGGAGUCUACAUUGAUUCCAAGGGAAAUAGAGAAAAAAUUAUCACUCAAGCCAACUUCAGUGAUAUUGGCUUCGCUGAAGUAAUUGAUUAUAAAAAUGCUAAUGAGCACAAGCAAUACAAAUAAACUCCUAAAAUCUCCAAAUGCGAGGUGAACACUCUUGCCUCAGAUUAUAAUAUAACUCAAAGAGUACUUAAUGUUCACGAUAACAAAGGUAAAACUACUAAAUACUUAGGUGUUUACGGGGUUGCAUGGGACCAGAAUAAGCAAUACCAUUAGUUCCGCAUUAACUUGGAUGGUGAGUAACAUUAACUAUUCUUCAACACAGACACCUUUUUAUUGACCUGGUACAAUAAAAAGGGCACCAACCUAUACUUAAACAUUCCAGGCGGUGCAUUCUUCAGAGUUUACACAGACGCUGAUUUUGAUGGAUUGAACUGCAACCCUACUCAAGUUUCCAUUCCAAGAGAAAACUAUAUCUAAUGA